AUGGCUGAUGUUUCACCGUGUCUUAAGAAAAAUGACCCAACAAAUAAGGCUAACCAUCGCCUUAUAAGUAUUCUAUCCGUUCUCGCCAAAGUUUUUGAAAUGAUCGUUUAUGAACAGAUUUUGUUAUUUAUGGAGCCAAAAUUUGACAAACUUUUGUGUGGUUUUCGUAGAGGUUAUAGUACUCAGCAUACACUUAUUUUUUUACUUAAUGAAUUGCAUGAAUGCAUUAACAAUGGAAGUAUUGUUGGGACAUUAUUAAUGGAUCUAUCUAAAGCGUAUGAUUUCAUUCCGCAUGACAUAGUUAUUUCUAAAUUAGAGGCGUAUGGUUUCUCUAAUGAAAGUCUUAAAUUUCUUAUAUCGUAUAUUAGUGGUCGUAAACAAAAGGUAAGGAUAGGACCUUCUGUUUCUAAUUGUGAUAAUAUUCUAUCGGGAGUGUCUUAA